CGCCGCCCGCCCACCUAACCCUCCAGCUCCCGCAGCUCGGUGGCGGCCUUGCGGCCAGGCUCAGGCAGGUCUACCCGGAGGUGCAGCUCGGUCCAGUCGGGGCGGCGGCGGCCGGCGCAGAGCCGAGAUGCGGCGUCUGAGCAGCACCGUGCUGUUCCUGCUGCUGGCGGCGGCGGCCCCCGCGGUGCCCGCGCCCGCGCCCACGGCCACGGCCACCUCGGCUCCGGGCGAGCCCGGCCCAGCCCUUAGCUACCCGCAGGAGGAGGCCACGCUCAAUGAGAUGUUCCGCGAGGUGGAGGAGCUGAUGGAGGACACGCAGCACAAACUGCGCAGCGCCGUGGAGGAGAUGGAGGCAGAAGAAGCUGCCGCGAAAACGUCGCCAGAAGUGAGCCUGGCGAAUCUGCCCGCCAGCUAUCACAAUGAAACCAACACAGAAACCAAGGUCGGAAAUAACACCGUCCACGUGCACAGAGAAAUUCACAAGGUAACCAACAACCACACGGGACAGACGGUCUUCUCGGAGACAGUCAUCACGUCUGUGGGAGACGAAGAAGGCAAGAGGAGCCACGAGUGCAUCAUUGACGAGGACUGCGGGCCCACCAGGUACUGCCAGUUCGCCAGCUUCCAGUACACCUGCCAGCCAUGCCGGGACCAGCAGAUGCUCUGCACCCGGGACAGCGAGUGCUGUGGAGACCAGCUGUGCGUCUGGGGCCGCUGCGCCCAAGUGGCCAACAGAGGCAGCAACGGCACCAUCUGCGACAACCAGAGGGACUGCCAGCCGGGGCUGUGCUGUGCCUUCCAGAAAGGUCUGCUGUUCCCCGUGUGCACACCACUGCCUAUAGAGGGCGAGCUCUGCCACGACCCAGCCAGCCGGCUGCUGGACCUCAUCACGUGGGAGUUGGAGCCUGACGGAGCCUUGGACCGGUGCCCAUGUGCCAGUGGCCUCCUCUGCCAGCCCCACAGCCACAGCCUGGUGUACGUGUGCAAGCCGGCCUUUGGCGGGAGCCUGGAGCACGCUGCAGAGAGCCAGCUGCCCAGGGCGGUACCUGAUGAGGACGAGGCCGGCGGCUUCAUGGAGGGGGUGCGUCAGGAGCUGGAGGACCUGGAGAGGAGCCUGACCCGGGAGAUGGCGCUCCAGGAGCCUGUGGCCGAGCUGCUGGGUGGAGGAGAGAUUUAGGUGCAGACCCGCUGCACGCCCAUGUGCAACAGAGAGAGCUAAUUUAUUUUCCCAGGUGUGUCCCCUAAGGGUGGGCUGGCCAGGCUGUCCCCCACGUCCCCUUCCCAAGAGCCCUUGCCUGUGUCCUGAUGGAUGGCGGCACAGGUGUGAGUCCCCCGUGCCACACUGCACUCACACCCUGAGUUCCCGGGAGGGAGGCGGCUGCAGGUGCCUGGGAUGGGUCGGGGAGACGUGCAGUGCCCUGCUUCGCGAACAUCACCCUGCUGACAGUGCCGCAAAAGAGUUUCCAUGCAGCUCUUCCCGCCGGCGCAGGUCAACCAACAUCCGCUUGCUCUGCAUCCUCCCUCCACGGCGCCGAACUCCUGCUCAGGACAGCACGUUCACGGCCAGCACGGCCUGGAGAGGAGGCAUUGUCCUCCUUGUCCUCAGGGAUCUCGGCGGCUCAGAGACUGCAUGCUGCUCUCCCCCUGCCACCCCACCCCAGGGUUCCCCUGGUGGGGUGCUAUGCCGCUUCCCUAGUCCCCACAUCAGUCUCAGUACCAUCAAGAGACUCCCUCCCCCUCCACCUCCCCAGGAGGAGGGCGAGUGGGGUUUCCCUCUUUCAAGGCGCAUGUGGAAUUAAAGGCAAACUGCUCCCCCUGCCCCUCUGAGCUGCAGCUUCUACUGUUAGAACAGCCGUGUUCUUGCCGGUGUGGGGCGGCCAGCAUUCUAGACCUAGGGCGAUGCUGCUGCCCGGGGCACCGCACUGGUCACGUGGGAGGUGCGCUGAGCACGGUGUCUGCCGAGAUGGUUUAGAUCGGUCUAGGACCAGGAUUAUAAACAGCCUCUGCCAAAUCACUGAGCAGCAACUGAAAACCAUUACCGACCACACGGAGCAAGUGAGAGCCAGCCAGGCUCUGUGCAGUGCGGUUGCAAUAUCCAAACCGAGACCGCCGAACUGGAUGUCUUCCACAGAUGGGCUUGUCAGGUGCCAGGGACUGUUUCCAUCGUGUCUUCAUCCAGAAUUACUAAAUUCUAAAGUUGCACACGACUGUAAAAGCAUGCCUCCUUUGACAUUUAAAUUCUGUAUAAACACAUGUUGCAUUUAGAAAUCACACAUAAAUCACUUCAAUUACCCUUUGGCUCCUUUCUCCCCUUUGACUUUGAAUAAAUGUAACUCUUUCAGCCAGAAAAUAUAAAAUAGCA